UGCAAAACAAAUAUAAUAAAGAAACUAAAAAUUGUGCUAACCUCUUCACAAUAUAAUCAUGAAGUGUGUUAAACUAAACAAAACUUCAAAGCCUACUAAAGUAAAAAAUCUAUCAGAUUUACAGCAAAUUCCGGCCCAAGAAGCUUUCGAGAAAUUCGCCAAAGAAUCAGACGAGGGGUCAGUGCUAACACGACUGCUCAAAGUCGGGUUCUCUUUGGAUGACAUCAGUUCCCUUAGAAAGAACGUUGGUGAUAGAGUCGCAACCUUAGGAUCAGAUGGUGUGAUAUAUUGUAAUCGAGACGAUGGGAUGUUCUCCGCGAUCUUAGCUGCUUAUAAUAAUCAUUGGAAGCUUAGAACUUCGCCAGAUGAUUGGUGGUUUUGUGUCAUAAAACUGGUUGCUCUUGCUAUCGAUAGAAAUGCUGGAAAGGAAAGUGUUCGACAGAUGUUUGUGGAACAUGAAGGAAAGAAGACGCUUUGUGUGGAUGUACCAACUCUUUGUAUCUACGAUGUAGAUUAUAACGUCUUCUUCCAGCAAAUGUCAGAACAGAUCGCCGAAAAUAUCAAAGUUCCUUCGUAUGUUGACCUCGUCACGGCUGAUUUCACAACCACAACACCAGCGACAAAAAUUGCUUCUCAAAUUACCAUCAUGUCAUCCCUACAGGAGUUUUUUGACUACGAUAUGAAAACGUCCUGUGGCAUUCCUGCGAUUGAAAUGUUAGGAAGCAAAGAAGACUGGGAGCAUUUGGGAGAAAAACUUGAGAAACUAAAGGAAAUUCUAAAGCCAAUCCUUGAUGACAUCGGGCUUCCUGGUGAUUGGUGGAAAAGCGCCGAAGAAGUUUUCAAAAAGCUGUUAAAAACAUAUGAAGGAAAUCCUGAUAAGAAAUGGUGGGAUAAGAUUUUGAGUUUCGAGGGAGCCAGUUUUUCUGGACAGAUUUCUGGCUAUACUGGUUGGAUUACCAGAUUUAUUGAAGGGUCUUCAGAACGAAUCGCGCCAGAAACUUUUACAUCCGGACUGGCGACAGUUCCAUUGAAAAUCAAACGUCCAGAUGGCUUCGAGGACACAGCUGCUCUUGUUGCAGGAAUGCUGGGGUUUACAUUGUAUGAAGAAAAAAUCCCUGUUGUACAACCUUUUCAAGGCUGGUCUAUGUUGUUGCCGGAGAAUUCUCCAUUUCGUUCCAAGACUGCUGCUUAAAAAUGAUAUCAAAUUGUCGAACGAAAAGGAUCUUUAACUCUCAGCAAACAAACGAUGUGAGAAAAACAAAUAAAGAAUUACAACAAACACCUUACAUUACAGUAAAUUUAAAACUAUAAAUAUAAUAUUUGGGCAUAUUUUACAUAAAAUUUCAAGACCUCC